AUGGUGUUCGACCCGCUAGGGCUCAUAGGGCACUUUCUAAUGGUUUUAAAAACACUUCUUCAAGAAAUCUGGCGCGCUUCGAUCGACUGGGACGACUUAAUCGAUGACUCACACCUUAGCAAGUGGACAACGUGGUGUUCAGCACUACCAGAAAUAACAACCGUGAAAAUUCCUCGUUGCUACCGAAUGGUGACGUCUACAGCCGACAGUACAACGAUCCAGCUACAUAUAUUCGUAGAUGCGAGUGAGACUGGCUACGCCGCUAUCGCUUACAUGAGAUAUCAGGAAGGAACCGUCGUCGAAUGCUCCCUAGUUAGCUCUAAAACAAAAGUUUCGCCUUUGAAAUAUCUGUCAAUCCCGCGCUCUGAGCUGCAAGCUGCGGUUAUCGGCGUUAGACUUGCGGAAACCGUUUCUAAAUCAUUGUCCAUUAGAGUGAAGGAACGCUUCCUUUGGGCGGACUCGAAGGACGUACUAUGCUGGCUGAAAUCCGACCAUCGGCGCUAUAACCAGUACGUCGCGUUCAGAGUUAGCGAGAUACUGGAGGCAUCUGAUAUACGCGAAUGGAACUGGAUAUCGACCAAACAGAAUGUCGCGGACGAGGGAACAAAGUGGAAAGGCCGUCCGGAUUUGUCCGCCUCUAGUCGCUGGUUCCAGGGCCCAGCGUUCCUACGGAAAUCACUCGAAGACUGGCCCAUUUCAGAUAAUCAUAUUGGCAGUACAACCGAAGAACUUCGUCCUCACUUACUGUAUCACACCAGGAUCGAAGAAUCAGUUAUUAAUUUUAAUCGCUUCUCAGAUUGGCAGAAGUUACUACGUUGUACCGCUCGUGUUUUUCGCUGGGUGCACAACAUGAGGCGUAACAAGAAGGAACGAAGAGAUGGACCACUCAAACAAGAAGAACUAAUCGAAGCUGAAUGUUAUCUGUUUCGCGUAGCGCAGGCAUCAACCUACAUCGACGAAAUCGCCAUCCUCUCCAGAAACUCAAAUGAAAGCACUCCUAACAAGUCAAUACCUAGAGGCAGCCAGCUUUACCAACAGUGCGCAUUCCUAGACACUAACAGUGUGUUAAGAGUUCGUGGUAGAACACAAGCCUGUCCUUUUAUCGCCAGCGACGCCGCUCAACCGAUAAUCCUUCCGCGAAACCAUCCAGUCACCCAACUCAUCAUUUUCGACUACCACAAGCGGUUCAACCAUCAAAAUCAUGAAACAACAAUAAAUGAAAUACGGCAGCGCUUUCGUAUUUUCAGACUUAAAGCCAUAUACAACAAUAUCCGCAAAGAAUGUCAAGAAUGUAAAAACACUCGUGCCUUACCUCAACCGCCAGCAAUGAGCGACUUACCUCCACAACGACUCGCUGCAUUUACUAGACCGUUUACAUACAUGGGGUUGGACUAUUUCGGUCCCAUGACUCUCACACUGACGACCGAUUCGUGCAUCCUAGCGAUACGCAAUAUUAUGGCUAGAAGAAGCGUGCCAGCCACUAUCUUCAGCGACAGAGGCACGAACUUUCAGGGAAGUAGCAAAGAAUUACGAGAAGCUUUGAGAACCGUGAACCAAGAGCAACUUGUAAAAGAAUUCACGACACCAGACACAGAAUGGACCUUCAUCCCACCGGCUUCACCACACAUGGGGGGCGCAUGGGAGCGCUUAAUCCGUAGCGUUAAGUCUAACCUCUGUAAACUGCAAUGGAGAAGGCUUCCGACUGACGAAGUACUUAAUAGCACGCUCCUGGAGAUAGAAAACGUGAUCAACUCACGGCCACUGACAAACAUCCCUUUGGAAGACGACGAAUCACCGGUUUUAACACCUAACCAUUUCUUGCUGGGAUCAUCAAACGGACUUAAGGCAUGGGUACCGUAUGACGACAAUCCUGUGGUACUUCGAAAUAGCUGGAAACAGUCACAACUGAUAGCCAACGAAUUCUGGCGAUGGUGGCUGAGAGAUUACUUACCCGUUAUCACUCGACGCACCAAGUGGUUCACCAAGGCAAAACCAAUCGAGAUAGGCGACGUUGUAGUCAUCGCGGACCCAAAGGGUCCCCGUAAUAGCUGGCCAUUGGGACGAAUAAUCGGAGUGAAAUCAGGAGCAGACGGGCAAGUAAGAAGCGCCACAGUGCAAACUAACCAGGGCAUAUACGAGAGACCAGCGGUGAAGCUCGCCGUACUCGACGUGGGCGUCAAGGACUAA